CGCGUUGCGGAUGAUGGAUACUUUCUUAGUCUGUUGGGUGGCGGAGGUGGAAAGUGGCUGUCUGGGGGGAGGGAAUGAGCUCUUCCAUUGGGAUUCACUUAGCGGGCCCCUUUGCAGGCAACUCUCUUAGCCGCCUUUUUUGCCUGAGGCAGAGGGUCCUUGGGGACUGGCCACUGAGUCAGGGUUCCCAUGCUUCCCCCCUUCCUAUAUCUCAUGCUGCACCUGCCUUAUUCUGUGUGCUAACGGCUGGGGUGACUAAAGCUUCCACCAAACGCCCGAGACUGUUGUCUACUUUCAUUCAACAUUUCGCGUUAUUCAUUAUAUGGCAGGUCAAGUAGUAUCCUAACAGCCUACCAAUGGAAUCAGAAGCUAAAGAAGGAGAUGAAGAAAGUUUGCAAACUGCUUUCAAGAAGCUGAGAGUGGAUCCUGCUGGGUCUACACCUAUGAGCGAAGGUACCGGCCUGAGAGCUCCUGUCCGAGCAACCGUGGAUGGAGCCAGGCAUCAAACCGUCUGCUCAAGAGAGACCUGGCAUGGGUGCGCAAGGAAACCCUUGAGAGGAAUGACGAGGCCGCAGCGCCGCAGGCGUUCCAAAUCCCCCGUCCUGCAUCCCCCCAAGUUUACAUACUGCAGCAUGAAAGCAUCUUCCACCAGUAACCAGCUUAAACACAAAAACCAGGUGGAUGUUUCAAAGAGCAAACUCAGUCCAGACCCUGGCAUUACAGAAGAGCCAUAUUUGGGAGGAAAGAGGUGUCCUCUUUUUGACAGCAAUAACUGCAGAAGGCCCAGAGCAGAGCACUGGAGCACUUGUACGAGCGAGCAGCCUUCCGAGAAUUUGAGAAAGAGCUGCUCUGCAUUUUCUUUGGCCUUUGAGACCGGCCUGGAUCCCAGCCAUCCUUCAGAUUUCCAGGCGUUAUCCAAGCUGAGUUACGGGAAGCGGUGCUCUUGUCUGGACAAGGAAUGCCGGUGCAAACCGUGGCAGGCAAUAGAGGCGUAUUCGUUCUCUGGCUUGCGGAGCGUCCUGUCGGAAUGUGAAAAGGCCGUCCUGGAGGUGCGUUCGCAGUCGCUGCCAAACAGGUCACCCUCUGGCACGUGUUCAUCAGGCUCUGCCCGGUCGUGUUCUGAGCAAGCCCGCGUCUUUGUGGAUGAUGUGACUAUUGAAGAUCUUUCAGGGUACAUGGAGUAUUAUUUGUAUAUUCCCAAGAAAAUGUCUCACAUGGCAGAGAUGAUGUACACUUGACGUGAGAAUCACGGGUUGGCUGUUCAGUGGUGGUAGUGAGAUGUUCCCUCAGUGCCAUAGUUUGAAAUGUAUCCAUUAUUAUUGCUGCGUGUUUGAUCAAAUGUUUAUUUGCGCCAUACAGUGUAGUUUUUUAAAUAAAGUGAAAAAAGAGACAA